AUGAGCGCCGAGGCUGAGCUAUUUGCCGUGCCUGAAUCUUCGCAAAAUACACCGGAUAAUGAUGAUGAAGAUGGUACAACGUCGAGCGGUGAUGAUACGAGUGGAUUUCCUUUUGAUCUCGCGGCUGCUGUUGGCUUGUUGGCCUCAACGAAGCAAGUAAACUGUUCGGUUGGUUCAUCAACUUCCGCAUCUUCUUUUAUUUCAAAUCCGGUAUCGAUCCGUAAAAGAACGCGAAUCUCGACAUCAAAUAGUCGAUUGACAAAGAAGAGUUCACUCGUCAAUCAAACCGCCUUUUGCUAUACAAUUCGUGGACCGAACUCGCUCCUUCGACCGGAUAAAUCAGCUCUUUUUACUAUUGGUGGUGUUUACGAGUUGAAAUGUUGGCUCAUGAGUCCACCAAGAGCCAAUUAUGUAUGCAAGACAAUUCUAUCGCUGAGCAGUGACGACAUUGGAGAGUGGUUGACCAUUGAAGAGACUCUCGCCUCAGGAACACUUCUCUCAAAUCAACCGGCACCCAAUCAUUUCCUCACGAUGGAUCGGCCAUCUCCAAGAACGCAUCGUAAUGUAAAAGCUGGUCGACAUUCACUCGAGUUUACCUGGGAUGCAUCAGGCGUGAUUUUUGUCUAUUUAAGGUUCUUGUGUGCGGUGAACGAUCUGAUUGCAAACCCAAAAGCUCCACUAAGACUCAUUGUGCAAAGUCAAUUUCUUGAUGAGCCACAUUUAUUGAAUAUGAAAUCGCUUGUGAUGGAAACGAUUGGACAUCCUUCUCUUUUGGAAUCGGCUAUUGGAUCACAGGGAGCAAUCGAUUUUUGCAAUGAUUUACAUGAAAGAAUUAUUCCAAUUGAUCAUCGCGAGUACCUCUUUGAACAGCCCAGCGACUUUGAUGACACGGAUUUUGUGCGCAAUGUUAUCAACAAUGUUGCUAAAGCUGCUGCCGCUGAUUCGCCAAUGGCUGUUCUUGAAAAAGCUAUCCAAGAUAGUAUACCAAAAAAUGAGACUAGUUCAUCGGCUCAAAUGAGUGCUGCAACAAUUGGAGAAGCAUUGGGAUCCUUGUUGGGGUCGAAGCAUGGGAGUAUUGCCCCAUCAUCGACAUUUCCUAUCCCAUGCACUCUCUCUUCUCACACUCCACGACCUCGUGGACGACCUAGAAAGUUUCACUACCCAGAAUACUGCUAUUCAAAAACUGCUCUUGAACGAGGUCCAGCUCAUGCAGGUGAAUGUAGUGGUCCAGCCGCUGAGAUGAUCGCUAUUCAACAAAUGCAGAAACAGCAUGCAAACGAAGCUCAAACAAGCUCUUCGGGAAAUCGAAUUAAAAUGAAUAUUUUGGAAGAGAAACCGAUCAAUAUGGCCUCAUUGUUCACCCUUCAACAAACAGUCGUUGAAGAAAUUGAUAAACCGUCAUCAUCGAUGGAAGACGUUGAACCAAAUGCUGAUGUGAAACGUUUUCUUAUACAACUCAAAAUGCCAAACUAUAUCAAUAUUUUUGCAAAGUACACAAUGAUCGAGUUGAGACUUUUGUCUUCUGAAGAUUUGCGAAUCAUUUGCGGAAAUGACGCCGAGGCGAUUCGUCUUUAUCAUGCACUCCGUCUCAGAUCUAAUAUCAACGGGAAAUUAAGUAUUUUCGUCGCCCUACAAAACGAUGAGGGUGAUGAACCAUGCUAUGAACUGUUGAAACUCUCUCCACCGUGUGUUUCGGAAUUGGCGCAUUCGUUAAGAACGAAAGGGUUAAUUGACUCGAACGUGAGACGGCUUUGUGUGGAUGGGCCGAAUGGGAUUCUUGUGCAACUUUCUGAUGAAAUAAUCGAAGCUUGGGAGGAUAAUGCUGUUUUUCAAUUCACCUUCAUCAACGGAGUUCUGAAAAUGCAUCCAAUCAAGGGA